GCUUCCAUCGCCGUCCAGUCAACAGCGCUGUGCCAAUACGAACGUACGCGAUCAAAUAUGACUAAAUAUAUAAUCUUGUUUUACAUCGUUUCCCAGUUAUUCGCAGCGCAAAGUUACAAAAUACUCGGUAUAUUCCCAUCCGCAGACCGUGGCAAUUAUCAAACAUACCGUGGAUUGUUCCGUCAACUGACGCAGCGGAAUCACCAUGUGACUCUCAUUACCCAUUUCCAAAUGCCAAACCCGCCUGUCAACUAUCAUGAAGUUCUACUUAGUGACAAACAAGAUAAUAAAGGCCUGUCAUUCGAAUCAGUUAUUGUGAAUGAAGUAUCGCGUGUGCCGUUCGAAACUCUGGUAUCAACUAAAGAAGGAAACGAUGAUUGCAAAACGCUAAUGAACAAUCACGAGGUACUGCAUAUGAUAAGAACGCAACCUAAAUAUUCUGUGAUAAUAGUCGAAUCAUACAACAGUGACUGCGCCCUUGCGUUGGCGGCAAAUUUAAGUUCUCCGUACAUAGCGUUUAAUCCUCAGUCGAUACACCCUUGGCAUUUCAGUAGACUAGGAAUACAUUUCAACUCGGCUUACGUCCCCCAAUCUCUACUGCCGUUUGGAAAAGAACCAUGGUUUUUUGAUAGAGUCAAAGGUUUUAUAUUGUACCACGUAGCGAACUGGGUGUAUUAUAUCGGUUCGCAAGUAACGGAUCACGUGUACCUCUAUAAAUAUUUAGGGGAUAAUCUACCAGCGUUGGAGAGCAUAGCGUCAAAUGCCAGCCUCGUGUUUGUGAACACCCACAAAUCUGUUUUCGGGGGUGUGGUGCGAGCUGAUAAUGUUGUCGACAUCGGAGGAAUACAUAUCAGACCACCCAAAAGUAUACCUACGCAUAUAGAAAGAUUUAUUAACGAAGCUGAAAACGGAGUUAUCUACGUCAACUUGGGGUCAACCGUCAAAGAUUUCACAUUACCGAGCGACAAACUCACAGAACUAAUAUCAACGUUCAGAAAAUUACAACUCCGAAUAUUAUGGAAAUGGGAUGGAGACAGCGUGGAAAAUCUGCCAAGAAACGUUAUGACUAUGAAAUGGUUUCCGCAGUAUGAUAUUUUAAAACAUGACAACGUAAAGGCGUUUAUCUCCCACGGUGGUAUUCUAAGUUGUACAGAGGCGUUGGAUGCCGGCGUGCCAGUGGUAGCUAUUCCUUUGUUUGGCGAACAGUAUGGCAAUUCCGCAGCCCUAGUUGAUGCUGGCAUUGCCAGUAUAGUCACAUAUGAGAAUCUUAAAGAUGAACUACUGUUAGACGCCAUCAAUGAGGUCUUGGAGCCAAGAUGCCAGCAACAAGCUAAGCUUGUUUCUCGAAUGUGGCACGACCGUCCGAUGAAUGCCUUAGAAACCGCCAUCUAUUGGAUUGAAUACGUAGCUCGAUACAAUGGUUCGCCAAACAUGGGAGCGCCAUCUGUUAAAGUACCUUGGUACCAACAACUGCAACUAGAUGUCCUCGCAUUUAUAUUUAUAGUAUUUUAUAUUGUAAUGUACGCUUUUUACAAAGUAUUAAAAGUUUGCUGCUGUUGUUGUUGUCAACCGGAACCCCCAGUUGAAAAAAUAUCACGAGAACGAACGACAAGAAGAGUCAAAUUUGAAUGAACAAUUAAUGGAACUAAAAGUGAGUUAGGUAAUACUCAUUUGAUUUAAAUUAAAUUUGAUGUGUAAGAAUGUUAAGAACAGUUUUAUUGUAAUGUUAUGCAAACUUUACGUCAUAAAGACGUUAACAAGAUGUAAGGAGAAAAUAUGCUUAUAAUAAAUAGGUGAAGUGACUUAAUUUAUUGACACAAAAAUAAAGUAUGAAUAACAUUUUUGUGACUUAUUAUCCUAAAAAUGUAACAAUCAAUAUGAAAGCAUUUAAAUUAUUUUUGCGUGAUAUUUAUAUUAUUUACUUAUUUUUAUUUACGUUCACUAUCAUUAAGAGUCAAAGCUUUGAAACAAAGGAGGGACAAUUUAAUUUAAGUAUACGUUUUUGAAGUGAAACUCCUGUGGGGGCGGGGGGGUGGUUUGGUCAGUAAAAAGUGACAGCGAGAGGGACUCCCUCACAAUUUCUUUUUAUUAGCUGUAUUUACAUGACUGUCUUUUUUCUUUUUCCUUUUGAGCACUUUCCUAUAUAUACUAUGCCUAUACCACUUUUCUAUUUAUUUUCUGAUUUUUGUAUUCUGACUUUUCUAUUUAUUAGUGAAAAUAUAAAAAGACUCCUUCAUCUUA